AUGUCAGCGAUACAGUCAAGCUUAGUCUCCCUGGCCCGACGCAACGCGGGCAGCUCUUUCCGCGCCUCCGCCCGCUUCAGCUUCAUCCCAUCCCGGUCAAGGACCUGCACGGCAUUGACUCGCCAUACGCCUCUAAGAACUUCACAACACCCUCGCUCGCCAACCCUCGCCCAUCAGUCCUGGCGCUCCUUACAAUAUCGAACCUACAGCUCUCAAGACAACGGCCUGAAACAAAUCGGCUUCGACGACAUAAACACCUCCCUCUCCGCCUCCUCUUCCUCCACACCCUCCAAAUUGAUCCUCAUCGACGUCCGCGAACCCGCCGAACUCAUCGAAACGGGCAUCAUCCCCGGCGCCGUGUCGGUCCCAUUAGCCUCGCAGCCAGACGCUUACUUCCUCUCGCCGGAGGAAUUCGAGACGAGGUUUGGGUAUCCGAAACCCGGGGCAGGAGGCGGGGAGAUUGUGUUUUAUUGCAAGGCUGGUGUGAGGGCCAGGGCGGCCGCGCAGUUAGCUGCGCAGGCGGGCUAUGAUGCGCAGGCGUUAAAGGUUUAUGAUGGGAGUUGGUUGGAUUGGAUGAGUAGAGGGGGGAAGGUGGAGAGGUGGGAGGGGGGUGAAUGA